GAGGAGGAGUCGGUACCGUUCCGCAGCCAGGAGCAUAAUUUCCUGUUCGCGCUUGUCGAGAAUCAAAUUACAAAAAGUCGGUCCAGUUAAACCGACUUUUGAUUUCGGACUAUUUAACUGGCAAUGGCACCCAACUUCUUUUCAAAGCUUGUCAAGCCAACUUCCCCUCCUCCGGGUGGUAGUAAAGAGAACGGCGUUUCACCGCGUCCUAGUACAACGCGCCCACAUUCCCAAUCAAUAUCACACCCUCCUUUAUCACAUACCGACGACAUCACCCCUGACAACGCUAGCGGUAAAGGCAGCGUAAAGAUUGGUAUAAUUCCACCUUCUCCUCGUUCAGCCCUUUUGGCUUUUCCUGAACCACCCUCGCAAGACUACACUCCUUCUGAAACAUCCCAACAGCGACGCGCUCGCUCGCAGGAUAGGAUGGUCCAAGAUAGACAUGCUGUUUCGUUCGCUGCUCGUCCAAUGGCGAGCGAUUCUUCAUUGUCCAUAGAAGACAUGCUUCCAACCCCAACCCCCUCUCGCUCUCGUCCCGAACAAUGGAAGAAAACAAGCGCUGAUGGCUCUCCAAGAAGUUCUCGCCAGCUCACUCCUGCGUCAUCCACAGGCAACCUGAGAGCUUUCGUAGACAAGCGUACCGGCGCUACUCAUGACUCCCGCACAUCCACCCUACCCACCAAAGCCGUUGAAAAGUCUCUUUCAAAGCAAUCACUCCGUAGUCGAACACAGCCUCCCGCUCCACUCGAUUUCGAUAACCGCACGGAGACUAAUCGUGGCGAUACAAACAGGCCAGGCCGCCACGAGCAUAGUGGUGUCAUAAUAGAAAAUGGCCUCGUGGACUCACCCACCGCAACAACCCAUGCUAGAAAGAGCUCUCAACCCCAAGAACUUUUGCCUGCUCUCAACGACACCGACGCAAAAUCCAUUCAUUCCGUAACAAGCUCAGAUUCGAAGAAGAAAGGUUGGCGUCGCCCUUCUGUAACUACUCCCACUCGUAAACCUCCUGGCGCCGCUUCUGCUAGUCUCGCAAUGACCAACACCGCCUCUCAAAUGCCCCCUGUCCCUCCAGUCCCAAAGGUUCCCCAUGGAACAGUCAAAUCAAACGCCUCUGCUCGUUUUGCAGUCCAGCACGCUGCUUCCGCCUCCAUUACAUCUAUGCCAAGCUCUGUAGAUACUCGCACCAGGCAGGUCUCAUCUAGUCGAAGUGACUUUUCCGAUGGUCAGACAGAUACAUUUGCUUCCAGUGAAGAAAGCGAGGCGUCAGACGACGGACUCGACAUCAACGAGGACAUUCCCGUCACGGGUUUCGCCGUUGCGAGCAGCAAACGUAAUGCAGAUUUCCAUGAGCUGUUCCCUAGCAUCCCCGAAGGCGACUAUCUCAUCGAAGAUUAUGGGUGUGCGUUACAACGCGAGAUCCUCAUUCAAGGCCGGAUAUACAUCUCGGAGAAUCAUAUAUGUUUCCACGCCAACAUCUUCGGCUGGAUCACCGACCUCUCAAUCCCAAUAUACGAAAUAACGGCUCUCGAGAAGAAAAUGACAGCAUUCGUCAUCCCCAACGCCAUCCAAAUAACCACCCGACAAGCAAAAUACACCUUCGCUUCCUUCCUCUCCCGAGACACGACAUAUGACGUCAUCGCAAACAUCUGGAGACUCGCCCGUCCUGAGGAUACGUUCACCGAUAGCCUCGCCAGCUCCUCUGGUCAUAUCGUCUCCCCGUCAAGUACUUCUGAUAUUUCAGGUCCCGUGACUAUGAGCGAAGGGAAAGAAGCAGCUCCUCUGGCUCGCGCAAACAAAGUAACCCAUUGUGCAUGUUCGAAGAAUGGGGGACAUCUUAAUGAGACCGCGCUUGAAACUGUGUUGCCCGGAACUCCGGAUAAGAUCUAUAAUUUGAUGUUUGCCAGCGGGUUUAUCAAGGAUUUCAUGCGGGUAGAUCAGAAACUCAUAGGCGUUGGCCCGAAGCAGACAAAAUGCGAGAUCCACGAUGAAGCUUUGACGUGCGAUUUUGAUAACUAUGUGGUUAUGCUUACAACGACGAGGACGCCUGAUGUGCCCAGUGGGGGCGUGUUCUCUGUGAAGACGAAGACGUGCGUUAUGUGGGCGAGUGCGAUUUCCACACGGGUGAUCGUUACUACUCAGGUGGAAUGGACUGGGAGGAGUUUUAUCAAAGGCCUCAUCGAAAAAUCAGCAAUCGACGGCCAAAAAGUAUACCACUCCGACCUCGACAAAGCCAUGCGUAUGUACAUCCAAGAACACCAAUCCGAAUUCAUUCCCGCAGGAAUAGACCCAAUGGCCGUAGCUCCUAUCGAGCCCCUAAGCCCCGUCCUCGAACUCACCUCACCCCUCCUCACCCGUUCCCUCCCAGGAAUCUCAGAUUCUGAAGCCCGUAAAGCGCGCGAACACGACCGUAACAGACGAGGUCUUCAAUGGGCGUAUGAUACAUUCGACGGCGCGUAUGGCGUUGCUAAGCGAUCUACGGUUGGGGCGCUGGAACUUGUCAAGGAAGCUUGGGAACAGAGUUCGUCGAUGACGAUUUUAUAUUUUGUUAUCGUUAUUUUGGUGUUUAGUAAUCUUUGGACGUUGGUGCUUGUGGGGAAGAGGGAGGAGGCGGGAAGGAGGAAGGAGGCGAAGAGGACAGAGGAGAGGGAGAAGUGGGUACAGGAGGUUGUUACUGGGCUUUGGGAGGAGAUGGCGGUUGGGAGGGCGAGGGGUGGUGGUGGUGGUGGGUCGGUGCUUUCAGGUGCUGUGGGCGGUGAUUGGAGAUCAGAGGUCGAUGCUAUCACUACGACGCUCAAUUCUGUCGAGGAGCGGGUACGGCUCAUACGGGAGAGUCUGGAGGCGCUGAAUUGACCUGUCGAUGUUGGGGACGCUUGAUCAUGUUCUUAUUUCUUAACCUAGGAUCCACUCGCAUAAUAUUAUUAAGUUGAUCGAU